AAGAUGCCAUCCAUUCACUGGAUUUGCUGUAUAUAUGAGUGCAAUGUUUGCGUCAAUUGAAUGCUUAAAGCGAAGCAUCAAAUCAUAGCUUACAAUACGAUAUACAGUAUAUACAGACUCUGGUAUUGUAUAAUACUGUGCAUUAUAUGUGCUCUUAAGUGCUGCUAAUGUGAACCAAAAUGACUCUACUCAUCCAUUCUAUGACAUUCAAUCUGUAUAUGAAUUACAAUUUUCAUGUAUUUCUUAAUAUAAAGUAUUCAUUAACUCAUUGAAUUCUUCAAAUGGAGUCUAAACAACGGGGACCUGAUUCUGAUGAAGUGGCCAAAGAUCCCGGCGCUCUUACAUCACAUCCCAGUUAUACAGACAAAGAUUUUGAAGGCCACAGAGCGUUGACCGUGUACUGUACGUAUGGCUUUCAAAUGCCCACUACUUAUCGCCGAAGAGGCCAUCAAAGGAAACACAAACACCACAAAAAUGGCAAUAAAAAGAAAGAAGAAGAAGAAAACACCAUCGAUGACAGCACUUCCCGGCAUAUUAGACCCGCGGAUAGGGUUCAGUUCAUUCUGGGAGAGGAUGAUAUGGAUGGCACACAUGAAUCACAUCCACUGUUCAGUGAAUUAGAAGAAUUGUGCGUAAAUGGAGAAGAUGUAGAGUGGAGAGAAACAGCCAGAUGGAUAAAGUUUGAAGAGGAUGUAGAGGAAGGGGGUGACCGGUGGUCGAAACCACAUGUGGCCACUAUUUCAUUGCAUUCACUUUUUGAGCUCAGGAGUUGUAUUCUUAACGGAACCGUUAUGUUAGACUUAGAGGGAAGCAGUUUAGACCAAAUCGCAGAUUUAGUCCUGGAAAAUAUGGUAAAUUGUGGUCAACUUUCGAUUGAUAUUAAAACUAAAGUAAAGGAAGCAUUACUUCGAAGACAUAGACAUCAACACGAAAAAAGACACGACAAGAAUGACAGCAAAAAUAGACUUCCAUUGAUUAGAUCUCUCGCAGAUAUCGGUCGCAAUUCCAGUAAAAGUAUGUUUGGUUCUCAUACGGGCAAUAAUCAUGAGGGUAUGCCGAACAGUCCAAGCGUCACAUCCCUACACCUUCACGCCAGUAAUCAGUCCCAAACGGCUAACUCUGCCUCUACGGGACAGUUAAAUAAUGAUCUGAACGCCAGUUCCAGUUCUGAUCUGCAGCACAAACUUAAUCAGGCGUUUAUGCGAAAAAUACCUCCCGGUUCUGAAGCGGACAAUAUUCUUGUGGGAGAAAUCGAUUUCCUCGAGCACUCCAUAUCGGGGUUCGUUCGGCUCAAUCAGGCCUGUCAUUUGGGAGACUUGACUGAAGUACCGGUGCCCACGAGGUUUCUCUUCAUACUUCUUGGACCGCACAGCAUUCCGGGCCGUUAUCACGAAGUCGGUCGAGCGAUGGCCACUCUUAUGUCCGAUGAGGUAUUUCAUGACGUGGCCUAUAAAGCAAAGAGCAGAGAAGACCUGUUGGCCGGUGUCGAUGAGUUCCUCGACGCUGUGACAAUACUACCGCCGGGCGCUUGGGAUCCGAGCAUUCGGAUAGAACCGCCAAAUCAGUUGCCAUCACAAGAAGCGCGCAAAAAGCACGACAACCAAGAGGUGAAGGAAUUGUCUUCAGAAGACGAAGAGGACAGAGAACGCGAGAAAAACGGUCUUAAAAGAUCGGGCAGAUUAUUUGGUGGUCUUAUAAACGACGUGAAGCGUAAAAUUCCGUGGUAUUUGUCUGACUUUAGAGAUGCCUUAGUUCUACAAUCAAUCGCAUCAAUAUUUUUCUUAUACUUCGCGUGUUUGACACCAAUUAUAACAUUUGGAGGUCUGUUGGGAGAGGCGACUGGAAAUAAUAUUGUAAGCGAUUGAUUGAAAACAAAAAAAAUGUCAAACACUCAACAAUUUAGGCUUUAAUCUACUGAACAAAAUGCUUACACAAAUUGUUUGAAUCAAAUAAGGCGACGAUGGAAAGUUUGAUGAGUGGUUUGGUUUGUGGUGUUAUUUACGGCUUUUUUAGUGGACAACCGCUCACAGUAUUGGGAAGCACUGGUCCGGUGCUUAUAUUCGAGACAAUUCUUUACGAUUUUUGCAAGAUUUACGAUUUUAAUUACCUAAAUAUCCGUCUAUGGAUCGGUAUGUCUGUGGCAAUCAUACUAAUGAUUUUGGUCGCCUUCGACGCCAGUGCUCUCCUAUACGACAUCGCCAAACAAAACCCUAUAAACCCGAACCCGGACUUAGUCCGGAACUACACCUGUUUUUGUACGUUUCCAAAUCAAACCGAAUAUUUGAUUCAAAUCGAUAAACGCAUUGACGACGGACUCAAAAACUGCACAAAUGUUGGCGGAAGACUCGAGGGUAUCGGUUGUGAGACUAAGCACUAUGUCUCGGAUGUCUUCCUCUUGUCUGUCAUCCUAUUUGCGUCCACUUAUGUCAUCUCACUUAUGCUUAAAGACUUUAAGACCUCCACAUUCUUCCCGACAAAUCUUCGCCAAAUUGUUAGCGACUUUGCGGUCGUUAUAGCCAUCGUUUCAAUGACUUUUAUUGAUAGUAUUGUUUCCAUAAAUACCCCUAAGCUGUACGUCCCCUCAGAGUUCAAACCCACCCGCAACGACAGAGGAUGGAUCGUCCCUAUGUUUCACGAGUCAAAUCCCUGGUAUAUCCUUAUGUUAACGCCAUUACCGGCUCUUUUGGCGACGAUUCUGAUCUUCAUGGAUCAACAAAUCACUGCUGUUAUAAUCAAUCGCAAAGAAUAUAAGCUCAAAAAAGGCUGUGGAUAUCACUUGGAUUUGUGUGUAUUGUCGGUGUUGAUCGCCGUAUGCUCGAUCAUGGGCUUACCAUGGUUCGUUGCCGCCACUGUCCUCUCCAUGACUCACGUCAACUCAUUGAAGAUGGAGUCCCAGUGUUCGGCUCCGGGAGAAAAGCCCCAAUUCUUGGGCGUUCGCGAACAGCGCGUCACUCAUAUAUGCAUUUUCACGAUGAUUGGACUCUCAGUCCUAUUCACACCAAUACUAUCGUUGAUUCCAAUGCCCGUCCUCUUCGGGGUAUUCUUCUAUAUGGGAACCUCUUCUCUCAAAGGAUCACAAUUUUUCGACCGCAUUCUCAUAAUAUUUAUGCCGCAGAAGUAUCAGCCGGACUACAUGUUCCUGAGACACGUGCCCACCAUUAAGGUGCAUGUCUUCACAUUAAUACAAUUGGCGUGUUUUGUGCUCUUAUGGUGUGUCAAGUCAUAUAAGAAGACAUCGAUUGCAUUCCCUCUUAUGUUGGUCGUAAUUAUAUUCAUAAGAAAACUGUUGGACCUGUUCUUCACCCGAAACGAACUCAAACUGUUGGACGACGUAAUGCCUGAACACACGAAACGCAAACGAGAAGAAGAAAAGCUCGAGAAAGAGGAGAAAACAAUGGGAGGAAAACUGAUUCCAAACGCCAGCUCUGGUAAUGUUGCCAUUCCUUUGGCCAACGGAAACAUAUUGAAGAUUCCGAUGGAAAAGUUCAGCGCCGAUGAGGACAAGCCGUGCUCUAUAAACAUAACGGAACAGUUGGCCAAAAGCGGCGCCUGGAAGUCAAUCGACCAAAGCAUUCAAAAGCACGAAAAGACUAAACACAAUAAGUCUAACAACGGAAAUAAUAAGAAGAGGGGAAACAAAAAGGACGGGAAGACAGAGGAAGAGCUGAAGAGAUUGUCGACAAUGAGAGAAGAGGACGACGAGGAAGACUGUGGUAUAACUAUCCGAGUGGACGCUCCGACACCUGUGCCGUCGACUGUGGCCUCAAAUCAUAACUCACCCAAAGAUGAACGAAACGAGACUUCUGUAUGA